CUCCCAAAGCCCACCACCCCCACCACCUUCUCCGCCCCCUCCGCUUCUCCCCCCAUCUUCCUCAACCCCCAAACCCUAACAGCCUACCACCGCCCGCGACGAGGAGACCAAGAGGGGGCUUAAACCCUACCGCGCUCGAGGCCCCAGCGGCGGCCAUGAAGACGCUGUGCCCCAAGCCCGGCAAGGGCGGCAAGAUCCACCCGUCGCCCGCCGAGGACCCCAUCGCGGCGGCGUUCCGCCUCCUCCCCGCCGCCAUCCUCGUCCUCGUCGCCGGGCUGACCCCCGAGGACCAGCGCGUGCUGGCCCACCUCGUGACGCGCUCGUUCCUGGUGGGCUGGGACGCCGCCACCGCGCCGCCGCCAGAGCAGGCGCGCGGCGGGCGGCGCCGGCGCGGCCACCCGCCGACCGUCGGCUGCUUGUGCUUCGAGUGCUACGGCAGCUUCUGGACGCGGUGGGGCUGCUCCCCGCAGCACGACCGCAUCCACGCCGCCCUGGAGGCCUUCGAGGAGCACCUCAACGCCGCCGAGUCGGCCGCCGCCUCCUCCUCCGCCGCCACCCCUCCCUCCUCCAAGCGCCGCGACAGGGGCAAGCGCAGCAGAGCCGCCGCCGCCACCCCUCCCCCGCCAACCCCUCCGCCGCCGCCGCCGAUUCAGAGCCGCCCCGAGUCCCCGGAGCCCCCGGCCGAGGCGGAGGUCGUCCCGGAGCCUUCCUCCCCGCCCCCUCCUUCGUGCCCUCCUCCCCCGGCUCCCGCGGCGUGCCCCUCCGAGAACAAGGAGAAUGUCCCGGAGGCGGCCCCCGCGGAGGCCAAGUCGGAGGAAUGCGGCGGCGAGGUGGCGGCGGAGGCCGAGGAGGAGAGGAAGCGCGGGUGGGCGGACGUGAUGGGCGGCGUGCUGAACCCGCGCCGCUGGGGGAUUUGGAGCCCCGCCGUGGAGAGCGCCACCUAGAGGCAGCCGCCGCCGUCGCCGCCCGAGGGCAUUCCUGUGAAUGCCGGGCCUCUCUAGGGUUCUUUUGGGGAAGUCAGUUGGGAUGGGCUGCUGAAGUCGCAGCUGAGAUAAAAGAAGCGCUGGUAAAUUCCUCUUCUCCCUUGGGGAAAUUGGGAAUCUACAGGCGCUGCUAGCUAGUAUUGUAGUAUGGGUAAUUUGGCAACCAGUGAUGGUGCAACGGCAACUGAACAAGAUGAACAUCACUUGGUGCUUGAUGAUGGUGUGAAUUCUGGUCCCUUUUGAAUUGUUUGGUCUGGCAUGGUAAACUGCUUGCUGGCUGCUGUGUUCAUAGCUUCCUUCCUUCCUUCCUUGCCUUCCUGAUCCUGCUCGGGGUGGGUCGCAGCAGGAGAAGCCUCUUCCUUUUGUGUAAUUUAGGCUGGUGGUUUUCUGACGAUCGAUCAUGUAGAGUAUUCCCUAGUCAAUGCAGUGUUCCUUCGAUGA